CUGCAGUUCCUGCAAAACUUUUUCCGCUCCCCGUGCUGACCCCAAUCUAACUACACCCUAUGAGUAGAGAAGUCCCCUACGACAUCAAAUGUAUGAUUAUUUUCGUUGUGCCAGCAGUAUAAAGUAUUACCAGGCGUUUGACGCAUGUGUACUAGCAUGAUCGGUAAAAAACGUUGACCUCCGCUUGGAAGAUUCCUAACUUGGAUCCCAAUGUAAUUGUAAAGUCUUUCUUCCCACUCCCACUGCAUAUCAUCAAAAUGAACAAGUCCGCGUUGGCCGCCCUCGAUAAGAGGGACCACGUGGACCCGAGCUCGAAGCUCUCCCUUCCCGAGCAGGGCCGUCCGUUGUACGUUCUGGGUGCCGCCGCGAGCUUCUGCAAGGAGCCGAUAAAACCAACGCUUGAAUUUUCCUUCGAGAACCCGGAGUGUCGAUUGCACCUCUACCGCGUGAAGGUCGCCUCCCAUGGGAUCCGCCCGACCUGGCCCACGGACGAGAUGCUGGUGUACCUGGAUAGCGACCAGGGCGAUUUUUUGUUGGACGUUCACGAGUACAUCGACCAGAAAUCCGGAAAAUUCAAAGUCUUCGCGCAGGGCGAAUUUUGGAUCGUGGAAAAACUGUGCUUUCCGGGUGAAGAUGACGAGAUGGGUGUUGAACAAAAUGGCGAAAACAAGGAAGGGAAGAAUGGCGGAUCAACAAACAGCACAUCUGCAUCCGCGUCCUCAGCAUCGAAUGAACGACCGAAUAAUUAUGUUGAGAUGAAGCAGCGUCUUCCACCGCCUGAAAACAAGACUACCGAGGAAGAUUCCGCAACCACGGUUUCUCUCCUCACCUUUACCCUCGACGUCGUCACCAAAAUCGUCGACAACCGCCCCGGUUUCACCCGGGGGCACAAGGUCUUUCUUAACCCGUCUCUCCAAGAGAGGAGGAAUCAAUCCGCUUCAGGCUAUUUCCUGACUUUCAGUCGUCCGCGGUCGGAACCCGGGCCGGUAUCCUCCAUUGGGGACGGCGAUAGUACCUGGCUGGCCGAGAGUGACGAGGAGGAGUUUGAGGAUAUGAAGGAAGUAAUCGACGAACCGUUGGUGCACGCAACGUAUUUUGAAAACAUCGUCGACAUCUUCAAAGAGGGGCUAAAAGGCCCGGGGACGAGUGCAGCAGGAACGUCGGUUGGGAACAACUUGACCGCGUUUGACCAGGCCAACGCGAAUGCACUUGCCGGGGCGAACCGGGAGCAACUCGCCGGUAUGCUCAAAGCCGGUGGCGCGCGAUCGCCCGCGCCAUCCAGUAGCGCCGGAGAUCCCUCCUUUGCAGCGUUGUCGCCUACGACUUCACGGGAGGAGCCUGCGAAUAUUCAUAGGGCAGGCAACAAUCAUCAGCAAGUCUUCCCAGCAGCAGGAGGGCCUUCCCGUGCAACAGGAGAAGAAAGCACACGCACGACAGCCCAAACAAGUAGUGUACAAGAUAACAUGAAGAAAGACUCCUUCAUCCUUCAGCCCCUACAGAAAGCGAUGUCAACGCCGCACAACCUUGCCUUUCACCCCGACUCGCGAGGUCGAAUCGGCUCCCCCAAAGCAGACCAAUUUAGCGGCACGCAGUCCCCGGAUUCCGACCACAACGCGUCGAACGUUCUCUCCCGCUCCGGAUACGCCGCGCCGCCGCGUGCGCCUGGGCAGAUGAAGCCUGGACAACACCAACAACAAGCAGACAGAAUCUACUUCGCUCCCUCCGUCGACAAAAUCGAGGGGCUGAGACGGAAGCCGGAUCUGCUGGUUGAGAUUAACCCGGAUGCUGUGAAAGAUAAGCGCGUGCUAGUGGAUCGAAUCCACAAGUCCACCAUCGCGAUCGAGGGCGGGACCAUUAAAGCGUCGCAUUUGAAGAACAUCCAGCCCGUGCUACCGAACGACUUGCCGGAAGAUUUAAAAGCGGCGAUCGUCAACCCCUUCGACUUCGAGGCCGUGCCGAUCAUCGACUACAGCUUACCGAGAGAGAAGCUCUUACCCUUGUUGGGGAAAGCGGCAAAGGAAAUCGGGUUUUUCUACCUCGUGAACCACUCCGUCGAACCGGAGCUGAUGGACGCCGUGUUCAAGAACGCGCAAGUGUUUUUCGAUUUGUCCCAGAAAACGAAGGAAAAAUACCUGAUGAACCAAAGCGAGGCGAUGACGGGGUACUUCGGCAAGGGGAUGGAAAACCUGGACGAAGUGUACGACGAGGGCGAGGGGGCGCUGAGGAUACCGACCGAGACGUCAAAGGAAGUUGUGGGCGCGACUAGUGAUAGGGUCGUUUACGCCGGUACCACUGGAACAAAUGACGAGGACACGACUACCGCCAGUCAAGAUAAACCCAACGCGAACCCAGUGAAGGACGUGAACCCGCAGGAGCAGGUCCUUCCCCCCGUCGCGAGGCAGGAUUGCAAGGAAGGCUUCGAUAUGCAUUGCAAAAGUAUCGUACUCGGUCGUACUAAUUGCAAAUAUGCAUGACAAAAUAUUCGACCCCGGACCCCCCCCGGGCUUGAGCUGCGCAGUCUGUUAAGCAUGACAAAUAUGCCUUUCUAGUAGGUGAAUCAGCAUUACAAAUUCCAUUUUUCCUUUUGAGAAAAUUUGUGAUGCAAUUCAUACUAAUAUGAUACUUCUGCAAUGCAUAUUCGACAUGAAUGGCAACACGGCCGGGUCCCGCAGCGCCGCGAAUCUGAAAGCGGCGAGCAGCGGCCGCUGGCUGGAGGAGUCGGACAUGCCGGACAAGGAGGUGCCGGGCUUCACUCCUGUCAUGCGGCGGUACCAAGAGCAGGUGCUAGAUCUCUCUCUGAAGUUAAUGGAACUUCUCGGAACCGCGUGUGACUUGAAGGUGAAAACGUCGGUAAUCCACGCCGACAGGCAUACCCGCAGUACGGGCGGGCUGCAGAACAACAGCAAUAGGGCGGAUGGGUCAACAUCAUCUUCAAAAAGUCGCUCCACACCGCCUCCGAGAUUUGAGGAUUCCCAGAAAGUUCUCGCAGAAGGGGAUCAUGAGGUUGAACAAGAAGUUGAAGAUGACGCACACUACGACGACCAAGUUCUCCGGCGGAGUUGCGACAACGCCGUUUGUCACCACCGGAUUCUGCACUACCCGCCACUUCAGGAUUACCACAACGAAGUCUCCAUCGGCGCGCACGUGGACUACGGGUUUCUGACCAUGCUCGCGCAGGUAUCGUAAGGAAGAAUCCCCCCUCCCCAUAUCGAAAAGGGACACUUCUUAAAAUUUGUGAUGCUGAUUUGAGACGCCAAAUCGUCUCUGUGUUGCAAGAAGGCGAAUCCAAAAACUCCGCCGCGUUCUGAAGGCAAUUUGUAAUGCUGGGCGGCCUACGGAGGAUGCGCCUGUCUUGCCACGCGCCUACACCAAAGCGCCCCUGCUGCGGCUUUGCAUCUGGUUGCAGUCUUUCACUGCAAGGCAAAGCCGAUUUGUGUACCCAAAUCCCGCGUCACAGAUUUCCAUUUCGAUAUGGGGAGGGGGGAUUUUUCCUUUUGAUAGCAGGACAUGGUCGGCGGCCUGCAGGUGCUGAACGCGAAGCGACACGUAUCAUUUGUAAAAACGUUCCCACCCCAGAGUUGUCAUGCAAAUGCACAAUGACAGGAACAUUUGUAAUGCGCAUCCCCUUGAGAGGCAUUUCCAGUCGUGUUUUGGAAUUUGUAAUGCUGUAAACAGGAUAAGUGAAUGGCUUUCUCAUGCGGCUUUCCUUGCUAACCAGCACUACACUGCAGAUGGAAACUUAUCAUGCAGAACUCCCAAAACUUGGAGACUUGUGUUGCAGAUUCCCCAUCUUGACUAUGGUGUGGGCACGUUUUUGCGUAGGAUAACACGCCUGGAUUCACGUGCCGCCAAUCAAGCACGCGUUUGUGGUGAACUUUGGUUCCAUGUUGGCGCAGUGGACCCGGCACAAGAUAAAAGCGACCAUCCACCGGGUCGUGAACUUGUCCACGGCGGAACGGUAUUCCAGUCCGUUCUUCUUCCGCCCGAGCCUGACGACCGUUCUGGACCCGAGGGUUUUCGAUAAGGAGAGGAAAAAGGAUGUUGACGAUGACGACGAACCGGCAUUGACGUGCGAGCAAACGCUGAUGCACUUCUACACGAAAUCCGGGCAGGCAAAGGAAGGGAAGAAAAAGUAGAAGAUGUCGUGAGUGUCGUUGUCAAGGACGGGAAGAUGAAGUAGAGUGUUGCGGAGUACACGUGCUAUUCCUAGUUCGUUGUUGCAAAGUAGAAGUUUUUCCAAGUAAGAAAAUACCCCGAUGAAUUUUCCUUAUUUCAAAUCCUCGUCAAGGUUAACAGCCUCGUCGAGAAACCAUAACACUCCUUGUUGGGCACUUUUGUCCUGAAGAGAUCCUCGUUUUCCACCAAAUCACGAAAUUGAAAAAGCUUCACGACAAGAACUUUACUCUGCGGACAGCAGAUGUUGUGUGAUUGUGUCUCAUUACGCUCAGCACACAAGAAGAAACGCAGCCUGCGUCUGCGUCUGCGCCGUGGUUCCCUUCGAAAAUAGAUAAUCCUGUGAGAGCCUGGUUACCGCAUGAGGAAGUGGCGUGGGAGCAACGACAGGAGAGAAUUCAGAGGGUUGUAGAAGGCUGUCUUGUUCUCAGUACUGUAUGUGUCGUGUGCACCUGCACUGCCACUGGCUGCCAGCAGCGUUCGUAAAAGAAAAUAAAGACGCAGCGAGAA